GCAUCGGGGAUCAUAUCGAUUUAGCCUGUACUAAUCCUUGUGUUUGAACUUCCACCAAUAAAAUGGUGUGGGGGUGGGACUACCCCGCCUUCGUUGUGGAGCGCGCUGGUAAGACAAGAGGCUGACAAAAGAAAUCGGUUAGAGGAAGGUGGGGGUGAAUGGCCAGAGUGGUUGUUCAAUAGUAAUUGCUGUAUUUUCAAGUAAAAGGUCGAGAUAACAGAACUCAAAACUCUCUCAAACAAGUCACCUAGGAAACCAUUCAAAGCAAGAACCUGAUACGGUGUCGGCCACAAUGUCCAUCCCAGAAAAUCUCAAAGAUCUCAAAGACGUACUACGUCCCGACUUUCACUUCGGUUACGCAACCGCUGCACCGCAAGUAGAAGGCGCGUGGAAUGUCGAUGGCAAAGGAAUUUCCAUCUGGGACAAAUUCGGUCACACACCUGGAAAAGUAAAAGACUCUAGUACCUGCGACGAUGCUGUUCUCUCAUAUUACAAAACCGCCGAGGAUGUCGCCCUCAUGAAAUCCUACGGCGUGACUGGAUAUCGGUUUUCGCUUUCGUGGUCGCGAAUUAUCCCUCUAGGUGGAAAAGAUGAUCCAAUUAAUGAAAAGGGAUUGAAAUACUACAGUGAGCUUGUGGAUGAACUUCUGAAAAAUGGCAUCACACCUUUUGUAACUCUCUUUCAUUGGGAUAUUCCUCAAGCAUUGGAGGAUAGGUAUGGUGGGAUGUUGAAUAAGGAGAAAUAUACUCCUGAUUUUGUGAGAUAUGCGAGAGUUUGCUUUGAAGCGUUAGGUGAUAGGGUUAAGAAUUGGAUUACCUAUAAUGAGCCGGGUGUCUACACAUUGGCGGGAUAUGCAGCUGGUGUACAUGCGCCUGGACGGUCAUCAAAUCGAGAGUUGAAUGAGGAGGGAGAUUCGAGUACCGAGCCUUUUACCGUUGGACAUACAGAGUUGGUAAGCCAUGCUUACGUGGUGAAGAUGUAUCGGGAAGAGUUCAAGGAAAAGCAAGGUGGAACUAUUAUGAUCACUUUACAUGGAAAUUACUCGGAACCAUGGAACGAAGAUGAUCCGUUAGAUGUGGAAGCCGCAGAAAGAGCGAGAGAAUUUGAGAUUGCGUGGUUUGCAGAUCCAGUAUACAAGACAGGUGAUUAUCCGGCUAGUAUACGUGCGCAACUUGGAGAUCGAUUACCAAGAUUUACGGAAGAGGAGUCCAAAUUGGUUUUGGGCAGUUCAGACUUUUAUGGAAUGAAUAGUUACACGACUUUCUUUGUGAAACAUCGAGAUGGCCCGGCAGAUAUAAAUGAUCAUUCGGGAAACAUCGAUAAGCUGGAUACUAAUUCUAAAGGAGUGGUGAGAGGACCUGAGAGUGAUACUUAUUGGUUGCGAACAUGUCCGGAUGGAUUCCGAAAGCUUUUGAAUUGGAUCUGGGCUCGAUAUGGCGUUCCUAUCUUCAUUACCGAGAAUGGAACUACGGCGAAAGGUGAAACGGCACCAACUGACGAAGUUUUGAAUGACAAGUUCCGAAUUGAUUUCUUUGAGGGGUAUAUUGGUGCACUAGCAAGAGCUGUGAAAGAAGAUGGGGUAGACAUCAGAUCUUACUUCGCAUGGACCUUUACGGACAACUGGGGUAAGAUCUCGCGAAUUCUAAUGAUUACAUGUGACUGACUGGAAAUUUAGAGUGGGCUGCUGGAUUUACUGAUAGGUUCGGAGUAACCUUCAUAGAUUUUGAGUCGAAAGAGAAAAAAAGAUACCCGAAAAGGUCUGCAACUGUUAUCAAGAGCCUCUUUACCCAUAUGAUUGAAGGUAAAUAAUCUUAGGAUAUGGUAUGCGAAUCCA